AUGACUAGUCCAUUUCAAUCACCUACAAAAGAAGAGAUUGGUGAUGAUGUAGCAGGGUUGCUUCUCACCAAGGAAGACUCUACAGUGUCACUAGCAGUUGCAGGAGAGAACCCCGAAACCACACACAAAUCUAUCGGCCAUAGUAUCAAUCGACCUCAUAGCUCUUCAUCCACUGCAUCAGACAAUUUCACAACGGCUUUUGUACAAAGCUCCUUGAAUUCAAUCACAAACACGCUACGGUUGGAAAACGAAGCCGUGAACAAUCUAUACAACCAAUACCAGACAGAUGAGUUCUCAAUAACCAAUUUACUCGACUCCAUUGCCCUCAUGUUCAAAACAUACCAACGGAAAGGUAAGAUUAUUAUUUGCGGUAUAGGAAAAUCUCACAAGUUGGCAACAAAGCUAACCGCGACUUUGAACUCGCUCAGCAUCUCAAGUUGCAAUUUGCACCCAUCAGAAGCAUUGCAUGGCGAUUUGGGGAUGAUCAAUGAGUCGCUUGAUUGCUUGAUAAUGCUAACCUCGUCGGGGAAUACCCCCGAGCUUCUCAAUUUGUUGCCGCACUUGUCAACAGACCUUCCUAUCAUCUUGCUCACGUGCAACAAAGUCUCGAAGCUUUCGAAAAGUGGACGCAUUCGCAGUCUAAUAUAUGCAGAGCUACUGCCCAUGCACAAUGAAGAAGCAAUACAUGGCUUACCAGCACCAACAGUGUCAACCACGUUGUCGUUGAUUUUAGCAGAUUCAGUGAUUUUAGCGUUGUCUGAAUUGAUUGAAAACGAUUUGUUCAAAAGAAGAAAGUUGUUUGGGUUGAAACACCCCGGUGGUUCAAUCGGACUGAGCUUGAACAAGGGCGGUGGCGGCGGCGGCAGCAGCAGCAGCAGCAGCAGCAGCAGCAACAACAACAAUAACAGCCGAGCUAAUGGAAACGCUGCUGGUGAAGAGACAAACACUAAAUUUGAUACCAACGCUGCUUCAACUUCUUUGUCGUCCUUCCCACAAUCCGAAAUUAGUAGUGCCACAUCACUACUCAGUCUCAAAGUCGACAGGUUUGCAAAAGUAGUUGAGGCGUUUGUGGGCUCAAACACUGAAUCAAACCAAACUUCAAUCUUUUCUGAAAACAUGCACGAAGAGGAAUUGGAAAUGUAUGCGCCUCCUAAGUCACCAUUAUCAGAAGGCAGUAGUGCGGCGAGUGCUUCAGGUACUGGUACUGGUACUGGUGCUGGUGCUGGUACUGGUGCUGGUACUGGUACUGGUGCUGGUGCUGGUGCUGGUACUCUUGGCGGAGUAGAAACAUGCAAAUUGGUUACUCACGACCAAAUCUUGAAUGUUGGUGAGUUUGAUAUCCUUCAAUGGAUGGCCCUUUAUGAUACCUUAAAAAUCCAAGGCUCACCAUUGCAAGUGAAGUUUACACAAAUUAAGGAAUUCUAUAGAGAAUACUGUGCAAAUCGACUGAGUGAGUUGACGAAAACCUCACUUAUUGAACGUGCAGAACAUAUAAAUCAUUGGAACACAUUCAAGUGGAAUUUACUACGAUCCUUUAAAUAA